AUUGUUUUCUUCCUCAAGGUUAUGCUCGUGUUUAAGUGUCUUCGCUAGGUAAUAUUUAAAUAGUAAUGUGACUAAAAUAAAAUAUCUGGAUGAGAAACUAUGCUCCAAAUUCUAUGUUUUGAAUCUUUUUCGGUCUUUUCAAAGAACGACUUGGCAUACAACCCAUGACUAAUAAUGUUAUAUCUUAUUAUUUUGUGAUUCUGGUUUUUCUUCAAGUAUGUCGUAACUUACAAGAUGGUAACACCGGCAUGGAGCUUAGCAUCUGUGCUGUCGUUGGGGAGCUUGUACUGCAAACUGAAGAAAUAAACUAAAAUAUUUCGGAAGUCUGCAUACACUUCUUUAUUUUUUGCUUUGUUUUCUUCAGUUUACAUCCAUUGAUGCGGCAAAUAUAACAGACAGUUACGUUUUACAGGUAAUGGGUCAGUGAUUAUUUGUCAUAGGUGCACGUCUCCUAUUUUCUGGAAUACUAUUGAUAAAUUUAACCCAAGUUCUUCAUGGUCAUAGCCAUUCAAAUAUUGAUCUGAUUCAUGUUGUAUUUUUCCUUGUUUCCAUAAUCAUCUCGACUGCUUGUCUACCUAAAAACCACAACUUCUGGCGUUUUUUCAUGAAUGUGUCAGGCCAGAAAACUGUACUUGACGUUUACUACAUCUAAACCAAGACUACCUGACCAGAAAUCACUUCGAGAUACACAACUUAUGAAUGGGUAUACAGACAGUUCUGUGCAUACUCAAAAUAUGACUCAAUCAAAUAAUUUUGCAUCGCCUAAUAAAAGAGAAAGAACAGUGAAUAGUAAUCCUCACUCUUUUUCUCUCUCACCAAAAACUAUCGAGCAUCCCAGUCAAGCUUCUUCUCCAACAAGUCUAAUAAAUAGUCUUCCUAACGUAGUAGAAACCGCAACUGUACCAAACUUCCAGUAUAAACCAACAUGCAUCAUACGUGAAACACAUAGCCAAUCUGUUUUCGGUGUUGCGUUUAAUUCAGUCAACCGAAGUCAACCAACUGAUCCGCUUCUUUUUGCUACAGUUGCUAGUCACUAUGUUACAGUUUAUCAAUGUAGUCUGAAGAAUAAUCCGGAAGAUAAAUCUAUUCAGAGUUCUGAUAUGUCAUCUGUUAGUCUACUCCAAUCUUUUGCCGAUCCUGCUGGAGAUAAAGAAGAGUUUUAUUGUUGUGCUUGGUCGCGUGAUACAAGUGGUAAUGUAGCAUCUAGUUGGUGGACUGAUUGCUGUGAAAGUCGCCGACCACGUCCAACUCUUCAUCCUCAUCAAGGUCCCAUCAGCUCUUCCAGUGGAUCACUUCUACCUGCUCAUCAGCAAGUAGUAGCUGCUGCAGGUAAACGUGGUGUAAUUCGAAUCCUCUGUCCUAGUAUGGCUAGUUGUCCUGCUAGUCUUGUUGGCCACGGAUCAUCUAUUAAUGAGCUAAGAUUUCACCCAAGAGACCCUGCUCUAUUAUUUUCUUUUAGUAAAGAUUAUACCAUUCGUUUGUGGAAUAUAGCUAGUCACGUGCUCGUAUGUAUUUUUGGUGGAGCCGAAGGUCACCGAGCUGAAGUUUUACAUGGUGACCUAUCCCUUACAGGUGAUCUUCUGCUAUCUGCCGGUAUGGAUCAUUGCGUGAAAAUUUGGCGGCUUAAUACUCCUGAAUUAGCCAAUGCGGUAAUAGAUUCAUUUAAUUACCGCUCACGUUCGAAUCCUAAGCCGUUCCCUGUGCUCGUUCAACACUUCCCUGAAUUUAGUUCCCGUGAUGUACAUGGCAAUUAUGUUGACUGUGCCCGUUGGUUUGGCUCUUUAGUCAUAUCAAAAUCGUGUGAAAACAGUGUCACACUCUGGAAGCCUGGUGGACUAGAUGAUUCCUCAGCAAAUAUUCCUAGUUUAUGCAAUGGGUCUCCAAGUAAUACUUCAACAGAUGUUGGUGGCCUGCGUUUGCCGAGUCGGAUGCAACAUAUUGGCUCAUACACAGGUCCUGAAUCGCCUAUCUCCCCAGCACCUGGUGUCCCAACCGAACACAAGACAAGCAUUAUCCAUCAGUUAAAAGCUACUGACUGUAACUUAUGGUAUAUUCGUUUUGAUAUAGAUUUAAAGAAUCAUGUUCUGGCUUUGGGUACAGGAACUGGGCCAUCACGUGUCUAUUUGUGGGACUUAAAAUAUCCUGAAAAUGCUCUUAAUCUCCCAGCUCAAGUACUUCAUUUCCCUACAGUUAGUGGAGUUGGUCCCGGUGGUAUGCCUUUAAGUCACAGUGCCAUUAGACAAACUCGUUUUGCUAACGAUGGAGAUAUUCUUUUGUGUGUAGGUGAUAAUGGACUAAUUGUUAGAUUUGAUAAAAUAUAAAUCACUUUUGUAUAUUUCUGAUUAAAACUAAUUAAAUAUGUGAAAAGAUGUUUAUUAAAAUAAGUGUUGUUUGAUAUUCAUGGUAAUUAAAGACAGUAGUUAACGCAUUUACCAGGCACGUAUUUAUGUUCUCGUGGUUAGGCCACACCGUUUGUGUACACAAAGAAAAAUAAUAUAUUUGGAAUUGACCUUAAUGUCUUAUAUUUAUUAUUUAAACACAUAAACAUUGGUACAAGGAGGCACCAAAUAGAUAUACGCCACAUAUAUCAUUCGACUUGUGUGAGGGGUGGGAUACUUUCCGGGUGCCCAGACCGAAACAGGUGGUUUACUUAGGUGACCACAUUCCGAGCCUUUGACCUAAACAUUUAAUCCACAAGGCAGUGGAGCAACGUAAGGAAAUGCAGUCCCAUGGUAGCCGACGACCAACACUUGGUUCAUACGACAUUUGUUGCUUCAGGAUACUGGAGCCCGUGAGCACCAUUGGUUUGGAAUCAGGGUUUUCCAACUAUCCUAGGUAGAUCCUCCGUAUCCACCAACCCGGUCAAAGCGCUGGACAUUCGCUUUUCGUCCUCCCAAUUUCGUAAACAACACCCCCGCCACGAGAAGGCAGUGAGUAGGACCUCCCUGACAGUGGUUGUAUGCAUGUGGCCUCUUGAGAGCAUUUCGAGAGGGAGAGGUGACUCUCCUCACUCUCGGCCGUACCAGGUCUACUUUAAUGUUUGAAUUCAAUUGGUAGAAAUCUCGUCUCCUUACUAUUGAUUAUCACCAGUGUAUCUUCAAAUAUCGAUAAAACAUGAAACUGACAAAAUUGUCUGAAUGUUUGGCUAAAAUUGAAUUGUCACGAACGUAAAUGGAGGUGUCCUGUAGACCCUGAAGCUUCUUUUACGAUGAAUACGUUUCAAAUGGCAUUAGUAAUAUCUUUUAUGGGAAGUCGAGUAAUUUACUUAAACGACAAUGAGAUUAUUUACAUCAUGUUAAUCUAGAGAUAAUUUUUACACGUUAACCCACUUUCACUUCUUAUAUUCGAUAAAAGUCGUAGUGUUCAUUCCAGUUUUUUUUACCUUUAAUAACACAAAAUCAUCUACUUGUAGAUAACCAGUUCAUCAUAUCAUUGCUUGUGCAACGGUUAAUCCAGUUGCACCGUACAAGAAUAUCUACAUCCCUACUUCCAAUAUUACAUGAUCAGAAAUAAAAUUCAUCAAAAUCGUAUUCACUCAAAUGAUCACUGUGAAAAAACCUGGAAUAUUAAGGAGGAAAAUAUUAGUGACUAAAACGUAUAACAUUUUAGAAUUCAGUGGUCUUUUUUUGUAGAAACUGAUAUGUGAUUCAUUGGAAUAACUGGUUGGUAUAUUGUUGACCAUCGAUUAGUCACUUCACAACCUAAUAACAUAAGAUUUAAUAUCGGAUGUUUUUUUUUACUUUACCACGUGUAACAAUUUCCUAAUGGUUUAAAUUUGAAUUAUAUUCAAAUUACAUUACCACUUUCGUUCUUAUUGUGUUGCACAAGGUCUUUUAAAUUCCUUUCAUACAUAGAUUACGAAUUUUGCAUCAGGUUACGAUAUCAAUGUAGCAGAAACCUAUAAUAUUGUGUUCAAUAAUUCUUCCUAUAGGUUAGUCACCCGCUAAGCUUCAUGGUAUUAAAUGGCAUCACAAUAUCGUCGGUUGUAUAAGGAAAAUUUGCUACGUUGGCCUCGUUUGUGGUAAUUUUCUGUGAGUUUUCAGUAAUUGCAGUGCUACUAGUAAUAAGAAAAUCUAGAUAUUGCAUUACUUCAAAUUUUGAGCCACUCAUUGGUACAUACUCUGUUUGACAAAUACGGGGCGAAUCUUUCACGAUAACAUGGAUUUGAGAUACAAUCGCCGAUAUUUCUAAACUCUGACCAAUUUGAAAGGCAUUCUGUACAUUUGCUAAAUUUGUUAGUGACAUAAUUAUCUCAUUUUCACCAACAUACCAAUAAAAAUGUCUCUACCAGUAGUCAUUGACGACUGUUAGAUUGUUUUUUAUUCAGGUUAGUGAUAUGGAUAGUUCAAUUAUCUAAAUACGACUUAUGUAGGCGAGUAAUGUUAUUGAAUAGCCUGAAAUUAAAAACUCAACAUUUGUGUUUAACCUAAAUUUUUACAUGGAUCUGAUGCGAUACUUUCAUGUUUGAAACUUAAACAAUGCUACCAUCUGUUACUUGGUUUGCAAUAUCUUUCCAACUAUUCCAAGAAAAUUUACAGUUUAAUCUUAUUACACGCUAAAUUUAUAUUGCUAUAUUUGAGCAGGUGCCGAUUCUUUCCAAAGUUAACAAGCUUUUUGUUAAGGUAUAUCAGAAAGAACUAUUAUAAUGUUAACUGAUAAAAAUUUCAGCAGUUUGUCCACUAACAUCCCUCUGACUGAAACUAUCGAUUACAUAUGUGAACAAUUGCUAGAAAAGAAAAUAGAGAUACCGAUCCCAGUAAGUAAAAUGAAAGAACUUCUGUUGAAAUGCACUAUGAAUAUCUACUUUAAGUUUAACAAUGAAUUUUUCAGACAAGUAGAUGGGGUAGUAAUGGGAUCACCUCUGGGACCGAUCCUUGCUAAUAUUUUUCUGGUCAAGCUAGAAAAUGGACCGCUUAAAGACAUCCUAAGUAAGCUUGAUUAUUGCUGUCGAUACAUAGAUGACACACUAAUCAUAUGUGACGAAAAUAUCGACAAACAGAUGUUGGACUCUUUCAAUAAUGUCCACCUAGCCAUUAAAUUCAUCAGCGAGGAGGAGAAAGACAAUAAUAUUGCUUUUCUGAAUGUCCUACUUUCUAGAAGGAUAGACGGUUCCAUAAAGCGAAAUAUAUUUAGAAAAAGUACAUGGACGGGUCAAUAUACCCAUUUCCAAAGCUCCACACCUCUUCAAUAUAAAAUAAAUUUGGGUAAAUGUCUCAACCACAGAAUCAAGCUAUUAUGUUCUGAAGACAGUGUGGAUGGCAAAAUAGAUAUACUAAAGAACACAUUACGAAAUAAUGGCUAUCCUAAUAAUUUCGUUAAGAAAUACCUCGUACAAAGUACUAAAAAAAGAAGGAAUUGUGACACAGUCAGUAAAAAACCUUAUAUCUGAGACUAGACUUUAAAGGGGACAUAGCGGGUGAUGUUUUAACACGUCGACUCAAAAGAUCUGUCGAAGGGACGUUUCACGCCGCCAAGCUACACAUUAUUUUCUCAACUAAACCAGUACUCACACAACUAAUCAAGGAUAAGUUACCGAAGAUGGGCUCCUCCAUGUGUGUAUACCAAUUCAACUGCUCCUGUGGAGCUAGUUACAUAGGCCCUACUCAGAGGGCUUUAUCCUUGCGUGUUCGUGAACAUGUAACAGCAUGGUUGGGAAAAGAAGUUACCAAAUCGAUUAACAGCACCAUUCUUUCUCACUUGGUAGAUAGUGAACAUCAUAUUAAAAUAGAGGAAGCUUUCUCUGUUUUAUAUCAAGUUCCAAAAUAUCUACCUCAAGGAGCUAGAUUACGACUACUUUACACAGCCGAAGCCAUCUGGAUCAACUCCAGAAGACCUAAUUUAUGCAUCCAGAAAAAUAUAUCCAGCCUCUAUGUUUACCCUGGCCUACGACUGGAUCACCAGAUACCUAGACUGAAUAUUAUAAACCUCUUACCCCUUCCUUCCUUCAUUUUAUUUAUUUUCCUUAUUAUCAUUAUUUGUCAUUAUCUAUAUCUUAAUCUUCAUAUCCAUCAUUCCCAAUUUGUUGACCGUAAUUACCUUGAUAACACCCCCCUUAUUACAUAUUAUAUUCAUACAACAAUAUUAUUAUUAUCUCAGUUGACAAAAUUAUUUUCAAUUUUGCAAUAGUACUAUUAUAUUAUCUUAUUGUGACUGAACAAUUUACUGACCUUUAUUGAAUGACCUUUCUAAUUUGCAAAUAUUACAAUUUUUUGAAGUAUAUAUAUAUAUAUCGUAACUGAUGCAAACGCUCACCAUUUUUUA